GUAAAAAUUUGAUCGAAUCGAAAGAUCGAGUGACUUUUAACGUGUUUGUACUCUAACUAAAAUCACCACGAUUUCUAUCUGGUAGGAAGAUACUCCUGAACUUCAUAACUGUGGACCUGUGCUUUGAAAGAACUAUUCACCAUGUCUGAUGAAGAUCGUAUGAGAUCAGAGAUCCAAAGAAUGCAGAUGAGAGGAGAUGAGCUGACUGACCAGUCCCUGGAAAGUACACGUCGUAUGUUACAGCUGGCCGAGGAGAGUCAAGAAGUGGGAAUUAAAACAUUAGUGGCGCUGGAUGAACAAGGUGAACAGUUAGACAGAGUGGAAGAAAACUUGGAUCAGAUCAAUGUUGACAUGAAGGAAGCAGAAAGGAAUUUGACGGGACUUGAAAAGUGCUGUGGACUGUGUGUCUGCCCAUGGAAAAGACGGAAAAAUUUUGAAAAAAAUGAAAAAUACAAAAAAGCUUUCAAGAAUAAUGAAGACGGAGUUAUUGCAACCCAGCCUGGUGUCAGGUACCAGCAAGAUGGAAACCGCGGGGAAGCACCAAAAAGUGGUUACAUACAGAAGAUAACAGGAGAUGACAGAGAAGAUGAAAUGGAUGAAAACCUUGGGCAAGUGUCUAACAUUGUUGGAAAUCUGAAAUCAAUGGCAAUGGACAUGGGAAAUGAGAUUGAAACACAGAAUAGACAACUGGGUCGAAUCAAUGCAAAGGCUGAGGCAAAUGAUCUCCGCAUUCAACAGGCAAACACACGAGCCCGGGAUAUCUUAAGAAAUUGCUGAAUUGUAUUGACUUCGUCAAUAUUGUACUAGUCUUACAAGUAAUUGGCACUUGAGUAUUAUUAGCAAUUAAUAGAUCCUCUGUGCUUGGUUUUGUUAUAAUUUCUCUCUGUGAGUAUUACGUAGAUUGUGUCUUGUCUAAAAUGAAAGCAAGCGUUCAUCUUGUAUCUUUGAAUAGUUCGAGGAUUGACGCAGUAUUGUAAUUGGAAAGAAGGACACCCUUUCAUGCAAACCGUAUUAUUUUUUAAAUCAUUACCUGGUACACUGAACUAUAGGCCUACACUUUGUAACAAAUUCUUCUUUCUUUUUGCUUUACUGUUGGCAGUUUAAAGUGUUUGGAUCUCUUUUUAAUGCUCAGUGAAAGAUUAUAGUAACCGAGAGCAGCUAUACAUUUCUAUUGUGGCCUUAUGUGCAGACCGACACGAUGGAAAUUUAUAAUCGAAGACAUAUUGUUGAAGGAAAAUGUACAAAAUUUCUUAGUUAUCAUGAUAAAUCAGCAAAUAUCUUCCUGGCCACACUAUUUUUCUUUGCUGUGAGCAAGGAGACAGAACUGGUGAUAACGCUUAAUUAGACAGCAGCAAGAACAUUUUCUUGUAAAUACAAAUAUGUAAUGAUGUUAUGAUAACAGUCUUGUAGUUCGCAUUGUUAUUUGAGAUGAGAGGAUUUAAUUUUGUCAAAAUAAAAUUUCUACAGUAAAAAGUUCGUAA